AGCAUCACCAGCAGCAGCAGCACCAGUGCGGGUGCGGGAGGUGCCGGUGGUGGUGUGUCGUACAGCGGUGUAGCGGGUGCCGCGGGGUUCCAUGUGGGCGCCCCUCGCUGGCUGUUCAGCGUGCGGGCGCUGCAGCGGCUACUGGUGGACCCGGCGGCAUUCCAUGCGGACGUGUACCUGCAUGACUUCUACGCCUACGCCACCUUCGACCUGGGCGACCUAAGCACCUUCCCCGCCGCCAGCUGCGCAUGCGUGCUGGGUGGCGGGCAGGCGCCGCGGCCGCCGCUGCUGAGCGAGGUGGUGUACGGCAGGGAGUGGCUGGCGCAGGCGGCGGCAGUGCUGCAGAUGCAGGACGGUGUGAAAGAGUUCCGUCGCAAGGCGGUUCAGCUGUACGACACCGCGAGGGCGCAGGAGACGGUGGGGCCCGUGAUGCGCUGCACCACUUACAAGGAGAAACAGGGUUUCACGGUGCUGCUGCUGCUGACCCCCGAGCACGCGCGGCUGGUGGCCCCCGCCAUCCGGCUGGCCCGGCUGUUCGUGCACAACAUCGUGGAC